AACUGUGCAUGCUAUGUUGAGGUUCAGGAUAGCUGAUUCAACUGGACAUAGUGGGAAUAACCAAAUAGCUGGAACCCCUGGUCAUCCAGUGCUGGUGUGUCCCACUUGUUACCACAGCCAAGUUAUCACCAAUACUCCUUGGGAGAAACUAUAAGUGGUAGUUCUAUCAGCUCCCGCUCCUGAGUUCCCACCACACAUCUCCACAGGAGAUAUACCUGACUGUGUCCUCAUGUUGGCAGUGUUGCUGUAGCUAUGCUGGUCCCAGGAAGUGAAAGAAGCAUGAAUGGUGGAAUAUUCCCUGGACCUCCAAAAUAUUAACUUGUCUGCAAUCCGUACUGUCCGUGUCCUGAGGCCCCUCAAAGCCAUCAACCGGGUGCCUAGCAUGCGGAUCCUGGUGAAUUUGCUCUUGGACACCCUGCCCAUGCUGGGGAAUGUUCUGCUUCUCUGCUUCUUUGUCUUCUUCAUCUUUGGCAUCAUCGGAGUGCAGCUGUGGGCUGGUCUGCUCAGGAACCGCUGUUUCAUGGAGGAGAACUUCACAAUACAAGGCGACAUCAUUCUCCCUCCCUAUUACCAACCUGAGGAGGAUGACGAGAUGCCCUUUAUCUGCUCGCUGUCAGGAGACAAUGGCAUCAUGGGCUGUCAUGAGAUCCCCCCGCUGAAGGAGAGGGGCCACGAAUGCUGCCUGGAUAAAGAUGACUAUUAUUACUACAACUCCGUCAAACAGGAGUUCAAUGUCAGUGGCAUGUGUGUCAACUGGAACCAGUACUACAACGUGUGCCGCACAGGCAGUGCCAACCCACAUAAGGGUGCCAUCAACUUUGACAAUAUUGGCUAUGCCUGGAUUGUUAUAUUUCAGGUGAUCACACUGGAAGGGUGGGUGGAGAUCAUGUAUUAUGUGAUGGACGCUCAUUCAUUCUACAACUUUAUCUACUUUAUCUUGCUGAUAAUCGUGGGCUCUUUCUUCAUGAUCAACCUGUGCCUGGUGGUCAUAGCUACUCAAUUCUCUGAAACCAAGCAGCGGGAGCACCAGCUGAUGCAGGAACAGCGGGCACGGUACUUGUCUUCCAGCACCGUGGCCAGCUACACAGAACCAGGAGACUGCUACGAGGAGAUCUUCCAAUAUGUCUGCCACAUUGUGCGCAAAGCCAAGCGUCGCACACUCAGCCUCUACAACAGCUUGCAGGACCGACGCCAGGGCCGGAUGGAACCAGGCAAUGCCAAGCUUGGUGUGAAUGGGAAAGGACAGAGGCACUAUAGGCAUUGCCGGAAACACAACUCUCUCGACUACACCCCUCAUGCCCUCGUUCAGCCCAUUGCUGUGACACUGACUUCUGACCCCAACAACUGCCCCAGAUGUCACAGGGUGCAGCGUGAAGCGGCCCGGAGGCUCUCCAUCCUUGACAGUGCUGAUUCGGACCAGGAGGAAGGAGAGGCUGGUGAAGAGCAGGGAGAAGGAAGAAGGGGAAGCGAGGGUGCUGCAGAACUGGAGAAGGAGGAAGAGGAGGGGGAAGAGGGCGGAUGGCUGAGGCUCUGUGGCGACAUGUGGCGGGAAGUGAGAGUCAAACUAAGGGGGAUUGUGGACAGCAAGUACUUCAACCGUGGGAUCAUGAUAGCCAUCCUAGUAAACACCAUCAGCAUGGGCAUUGAGCACCAUGAACAGCCAGAAGAACUGACCAACAUCCUGGAGAUCAGCAAUGUCGUGUUCACCAGCAUGUUUGCCCUGGAGAUGAUCCUGAAACUCGCUGCCUUUGGCCUCUUUGAUUACCUCCGCAAUCCCUACAACAUUUUUGACAGCAUCAUCGUCAUCAUCAGCAUCUGGGAGAUCAUUGGCCAGUCUGACGGGGGGCUGUCAGUGCUGAGAACUUUCCGCCUCCUGCGGGUUCUGAAGCUUGUGCGUUUCAUGCCUGCUCUGCGACGCCAGCUGGUGGUGCUAAUGAAGACCAUGGACAAUGUGGCCACCUUCUGUAUGCUCCUUAUGCUCUUCAUCUUCAUAUUCAGCAUUCUGGGAAUGCACAUCUUUGGGUGCAAAUUCAGCCUCCGGACAGACACUGGAGACACAGUCCCUGACCGGAAGAAUUUCGACUCCCUGCUCUGGGCCAUCGUCACUGUGUUCCAGAUCCUGACCCAGGAGGACUGGAACGUUGUGCUGUAUAAUGGAAUGGCCUCCACCUCACCCUGGGCAUCCCUUUACUUUGUGGCCCUCAUGACCUUUGGCAACUACGUCCUCUUCAAUCUGCUGGUGGCUAUCCUGGUGGAGGGCUUCCAGGCUGAGGGUGAUGCCAACCGGUCAUACUCAGAUGAAGAUCAGAGUUCAUCAAACAUGGAGGAGUUUGACAAGUUCCAGGACAACCAGGAUGGCUCAGAUCCCAGGCUCUGUGCAAUUCCCAUGACCCCAAAUGGGCACCUGGACCCCACCCUUCCUUCAUCCAAUCAGCCAGUUGCAGCUGGUGGGGUCACAAGUUCUGCCCGGAACUCCCUGCAGCCAGACCAGGUCCUCAUUGCGCUGGGUUCCAGGAAGAGCAGUGUGAUGUCCCUGGGGAGAAUGACCUAUGACCAGAGGUCACUGUCUAGCUCUCGCAGUUCUCACUAUGGUGCCUGGGGCCGCAGCGGGGCUUGGGGGAGUCGCCGCUCCAGCUGGAACAGCCUGGCUCGGGGACACAGCCUAAAAUACAAGCCUCCAUCUGCUGAGCAUGAAUCUCUCCUGUCCGGGGAAAGGCACAGGGUGGCAGAUGGGGAACGUGAGGGGAUGGGAAGGGCCCCUCAUCACCGGAGGACACUCUCCUUGGAUACCAAAGAUUCCUGUGACCUGAUGGAGCUGACAUCAUCAGUUCCGUCCAGUCACAGGCCAGCACGGAAGGCGGGUGUGGCUCUGGGCACCAGUGAGCACCAGGACUGCAAUGGCAAAAUGCCCAAUAUCGCGAAGGAGAUCUUCCCAAAGAUGGACAACCGCAAGGAACGUGGUGAGGACGAGGAGGAGAUAGACUAUAGCCUGUGUUUCCGCAUCCAGAAGAUGAUAGAGGUCUACAAGCCAGACUGGUGUGAGAUACGGGAAGAUUGGUCCAUCUACCUCUUCUCUCCACAAAACAGGUUCCGCAUCCUCUGCCAAACCAUCAUAGCUCACAAGCUCUUUGACUACGUUGUUCUGGCCUUCAUCUUCCUGAACUGCAUCACCAUUGCCCUGGAGAGGCCGCAGAUCGAGCAUGGGAGCACAGAGAGGAUCUUUCUUACCGUCUCCAACUACAUUUUCACGGCAAUCUUCGUAGCUGAGAUGACACUAAAGGUGGUCUCUCUAGGCUUAUAUUUUGGGGAGCAGGCCUACCUCCGCAGCAGCUGGAACAUCCUAGAUGGCUUCUUGGUCUUUGUGUCCCUCAUUGAUAUUGUGGUCUCAAUGGCCUCUGCUGGAGGAGCUAAAAUUUUGGGGGUGCUCCGGGUCCUCCGAUUGCUGCGCACCCUACGUCCUCUCAGGGUCAUCAGCCGUGCUCCUGGCCUGAAGCUGGUGGUGGAGACACUCAUCUCAUCCCUCAAGCCCAUUGGGAACAUUGUGCUCAUUUGCUGUGCCUUCUUCAUCAUCUUUGGCAUCCUGGGUGUGCAGCUUUUCAAGGGGAAGUUCUACCACUGCCUGGGUGUUGACAUCCGUAACAUCACCAACAGGUCUGACUGUGUGUCUGCCAAUUACAAGUGGGUCCACCACAAGUACAACUUUGACAACCUUGGGCAGGCCCUGAUGUCCCUCUUCGUUCUGGCCUCCAAAGAUGGUUGGGUCAAUAUUAUGUAUAAUGGACUAGAUGCUGUGGCUGUGGACCAGCAGCCAGUGACCAACAACAACCCCUGGAUGCUCCUUUACUUCAUCUCGUUCCUCCUCAUUGUCAGCUUCUUCGUACUCAACAUGUUUGUGGGGGUGGUCGUAGAGAACUUCCACAAGUGCCGGCAGCACCAGGAGGCUGAGGAGGCACGCCGGCGGGAGGAGAAGCGCCUGAGGCGCCUGGAGAAGAAGCGCAGGAAGGCGCAGCGCUUGCCGUAUUACGCCACCUACUGCUCUGUCCGCCUCCUCAUCCAUUCGGUCUGCACCAGCCACUACUUGGACAUCUUCAUCACCUUCAUCAUCUGCCUCAACGUCGUCACCAUGUCCCUGGAGCACUACAACCAGCCAGUGUCUCUUGAGACUGCCCUGAAGUACUGCAACUACAUGUUCACCACAGUCUUUGUGCUGGAGGCGGUUCUGAAGCUGGUGGCAUUUGGACUGCGGCGAUUCUUCAAAGACAGGUGGAACCAGCUGGACCUGGCCAUUGUGCUUCUGUCUGUCAUGGGCAUCACGCUGGAGGAGAUUGAAAUCAAUGCAGCUCUCCCCAUUAACCCCACUAUCAUCCGCAUCAUGAGGGUGCUGCGCAUUGCUCGGGUGCUGAAGCUGCUGAAGAUGGCUACAGGGAUGCGGGCGUUACUGGACACCGUUGUGCAAGCUCUGCCACAGGUAGGGAACCUUGGACUGCUCUUCAUGCUCCUCUUUUUCAUCUAUGCUGCUCUAGGAGUGGAGCUCUUUGGGAAGCUGGUAUGCAAUGAUGAGAACCCCUGUGAGGGCAUGAGCCGCCAUGCCACCUUUGAGAACUUUGGGAUGGCCUUUCUCAUGCUCUUCCAGGUCUCCACUGGCGACAACUGCAAUGGAAUCAUGAAGGAUACGCUGCGUGACUGCACCCAUGAUGACCGGAGUUGCCUCAGCAACCUGCAGUUCAUCUCGCCACUCUACUUUGUCAGCUUCGUGCUCACCGCCCAGUUUGUCCUCAUCAAUGUGGUGGUGGCUGUGCUCAUGAAACACCUUGAUGACAGCAACAAGGAGGCACAGGAGGAUGCGGAAAUGGAUGCCGAGAUUGAACUCGAGAUGGCACAUGGGCUCUGUCCCCGCACUGGGGGCUCCCCGAGCUCAGGACAGGGAGGAGGAGGUGGAGGAGGUGGGAGAGUGGACCCUGAAGGACGUCUGUGCAUGAGGUGUUACUCUCCAGCACAGGAGAACUUAUGGCUGGACAGUGUCUCUUUAAUUAUUAAGGACUCUUUCGACGGGGAGUUAAUGAUCAUCGAUAACCUAUCGGGCUCCGUCUUCCAUCAUUACUCCUCGCCGGCCAUGUGCGAGAAGUGUAACCAUGACAAGCAAGAGGUUCAGCUGGCUGAAAUGGAAGCCUUAUCCCUCAACUCAGACAAGUCUUCCUCCAUCCUGCUUGGGGAUGAUUUAGACAAUCGCAGCAUCUGUCAGUUGAGUCCUAAGGAGACCAAGGAUGGCCCGAACAGCCCUGACUCCAUGGGCGUGGGAGAUCUGGGGGAAUGUUUCUUCCCAUUAACAAAUACAGGCGCUUCUCCAACUCCAGAAAGUUACUUGUGUGAAAUGGAGAAAAUCCCUUUCAACCCAGUCCAAUGCUGGCUGAAACAUGAAAGUAAUCAAGUUCCCCCCAGACCCUUCUCUCCAGGUACAGCCAGGCCUCUGUUACCUGUGCCAGCAGAGUUUUUCCACCCAAGCAUCUCUGCCACCCAGACUGGGCAGGAGAAGGUGUCCUGUUCAGGCAGCCUUCCUAAAAUAUCUCUGCAGGGUUCAUGGGCAUCACUGCGAUCCCCAAGUGUGAACUGCUCACUUCUUCACCAGGCCACUGAAAGUGACACCUCCCUCGAUGACAGCAGGAGCAGUAGCUCAGAAGGCAGCUUGCAGACCACUCUGGAGGACAGCUUGAACCUCAGCGACUCUCCCCAGUGCACGCUGGACCUCCCGGUGGCCCUGUGCCCGAUGCCAACAACUGCCACCCAAAGAACCAUGGCAGCCCCGCUUUCUCCUGCAUCCCGGAGGCGGAACCUGCGGGGCCGCGGGAUCUUCAGCCUGCAGAACAUCAGGCGGCAUCAGCGAAGUCACAGCAGUGGCGGGAGCACGAGCCCAGGGUGCACUCACCAUGACUCCAUGGACCCUUCUGAUGAGGAGGGUGCGGGGAGGAGACUGAGGGGUGGUAACAACAGCGAGCAGUCAGAGACCCUCAGCAGCCUCUCACUGACCUCUCUCUUCUCCCCACCCCCACCACCCCCAGGCCGGGCGCUCACGAAGAAAUGCAACAGCACAAGCAGCCUCAAUGCCUCCUCCCGAGGGCCCACCACCAACGACGCCAAGCAGUUCUACUCGGUUGAUCCCCGGGGGUUCUUGUCCAUGCCCUCGUGGGUGACGGACUUCUGCAAGGACACCCCCUCGCCGGGUGAUGACGAGGGGUCGGACAGCCCCGAUAAACUGGGGACGGCAGACCAUAGCUCCCCACUCCCUUCUGAGCUGGAGCUGGGCAAUAGCGUCAGCAAGAGGAACAGAUGAGGGUCCCUGGGGUAGGGAGGGGAGCAAGCAGUGUGGGCAAGGGCACGCCUUGUGCUACCAUUUCCCAGCAGCAAUUCCAAAGGAUGGUGGGGGAAAGAAACAAGCAAACACAAUAUAUAAAUAUAUACAUAUAUAUUUAGGAAAUACUCUGGUACUGUACCGCUGAGGUAUGAGAGAGUGAAAGCAAUACGGCACCACUCCCGCCCACGUGUUGGACGGGGAUCACCACCACAAAGAUCACAGUGAUGAAGAGGGCACCACUGGGCUUGGAGGGACUGGGCCCACCAGCCAAAUACCUGCCCGGGUGGCAGCCAUUUAGUUAUAUACAUAUACAUAGAGAAAGAGAUUGAUUUAUUUAUUUUUUUUACUGAGCGAUUAAGACUUCCAGAAAGUGCUAAGCAGG